AGGGACCCCGCCCACUUCGUUCUCCCAACAGCCCACCAUCAAUAUUUGUGGCAUUGAGUUCUUCAUAAUCCACCAAUGUGUGGCUUAUAGUAACGUUGAAAUCCCAAAUUGUGUUAUUUAUUUGGUUAUACGUAUUGCAAUAAUAUGGCGAAAAAGCCAUUUUCAAUUGAUGAUGCUUUUGACGAAAAUCUCGAUGAUGUCGUGGUACGUGUGUAUGGCAGCACAACAGUCGAAAAAUCCGCUUUUAGUGCACGUAAUAAUAGCGGCGUGAAACCUGCAUCUAGUGAAGGUGUUGAAAAUCAAAUUACAAACAUAAACUCGUUAGCAGUUCCUCAUGGCACACAUCCACACCACACCCCAGUAUUACUGAGCAUUCGAACAGGAAUCAUGCAGGAUGACACGGCAUCUAAAGACAGUGACUCCCUAAUUCAUGAGAGCUAUCAAUAUUCACCGUCUUAUUUUGACCCAGACAGAAUUUGGUUCAAACAUCCACGUGUGAAAGAGAAUUGGAAAGUUGUUGCAACUGCCUUUGCUCUUGUCAUAAUUGGCUUGGGUUUAUUGGUCACAGGGAUUACUGUGUUGAUACUUCCAUCAGGGGGAGUUCAAGGCCUAGUUUUUCUCAUCAUAGGAGUGAUUUGCUUUAUUCCAGGAGCUUAUCAUAUUGUCUACAUUUAUCUUGCCGUCAAAGGAAGAAAAGGAUACAACUUCUAUCACUUGCCUCUCUUCAAUUAGGCUCUGCUAAAAGCCCGGUCAUGAAAUAUCCCAGAUGCUGCCAGCGUGCCAUAUUGGGGUGUUACGUAUUUCUCUCGACACUCACCAUUCGGCAGAGUUAGCUUUUUUUUGUAACCGUGUACAGUGAUUCAUCGCUAAUCCCCCCUCCAAAUUCCCUAAGUUUUUUUGCUCAACUUUGGUUGUACAUACUGAACCUCACAGCUCGGUUUUCUUUGAUUUGCAUUUUUUGGCUCCCCAGAAUUUUGGACCACUUCACUUUUGUGUUAUUAUUAUUUUUUUUGGUACUCACUAGGACCUUUUCACUCAGAUGAAUCUCGUUUUUUUAUAUUUGGACGUUGUGUUUCUGCCCUGGGCAGAUUGUACAGAGUAGGAAAAUACAACGAAAGCAAUU